AUGUCUAAAAUCUGGUAUGACCCCUCAGAUAGAGGAAAUAGUUAAACUUUUAACUAUAUUAUUGUUUUUUUUUAAAAGGUUUUGAAGUAAUUACCCUAAUUUAUAAAAAUUAAUUUAAAAAAAUAUUUUUUCGCUUUAAAAAUAUAUCGUUUAAAAAUACAAUAAUUUUUUUAUGAAAGAAUUAUCAUACAAAAAUAAUAUUGUAAUGUAAUAUUAAAAAAACUAAAAUAAAUAUCGUUUUUGAUAAUAUUAAAAUCAUUAUUAUAAAAAAAUGACAACAUUUUUAAUUUUGAAGAAAUUCAUAAUUUUAUUGAACAAAAUCAACCAAUAGUUUUCGAACUUUAAGUUAUUUACUAUUAAAUUUGCUUUUAUUGUAUGUCAAUUUUCAAUUAAUAUUAUGAAAAAAGUAUGAUUACUUCUAAUAAAGAUGAAAGGUAUAAGGAGCUCAAUUCAUAUAUUUAACAAAAAAAGUAGUAAAGUUUAUAGUAGAAUCCUCCAUUGUUAAUGAAAAGAUUUGAAUAAUAUGUCAAUCAUUAAGCUCAAAUUUUAGAUGAAUGGAAAAAAUUGAAUUCCUAAUCUUUAAAUGAACUGCUUUAAUAUAUAAUUGAAGAUGAUUUUUAUUACCUCAACAAAAGUUUGCAUAUUGUCAAUUUACAUGCAGAAAAUGAGAAAAAUGCAAAAAUACUCAAUUUACUUACUGAAAUACCAGAAGAAGACAAAAGAAAGGUAGCUGCUUUUUUGAAAAACCUAAUAAAGACUCAAAAUUUGGUUGAUGUUGUAUUGGAAUUGUAAAAAUAAAGUGCAAUUUACCCAAGUUAAGAACUAGAAAUUAUUUUCAGAAUCGUAGUUGAAAUUCAAAAUCAAGAAUUUACAUAAUUUUUAAUUCUUAGAUAAGCUUUAAAAUAGGGUAAAACUAAGGCUUAGAUGGAAAAUCUUUUAAAAAUAUCAAAAUACAAUGAUACUAUGGAAUUAAAUGACUAAAUUUAACUAUUAAAUGAAUUUCAAGAUGAUCAUUGGGAAUUAGUCAAAUAAAAUUAAAUUCAAUAUAUCAUUUGUAAUUCUUUGAUUAAACAAUAUUUCUUUUAUAAAUCAGAAGGCUCCUCAUCAAAACUCCUCCAUUUUUUGAGAAAACUUUUCAAUAAUAAUUAAUAAAUUCAAUAGUAGAAUUAUUUAACUCAAUUUUUUUCUAAAAUUUUUACUUUUUUAUAGGAUGAACAAAUUCAUCGAUUAAUUAGUGUCAAUAAAUAAAAUUAAAUCUCUUAAUGCGAUUAUAUGAAUACAAUAGAAACAUUAUUUUAAGUCGUUAACUAAAUUAAAUGUGAUAAUGAAUAAUUACAUUUUAAGCAUAAUCUAGAAAAAGUAUUCGAAAAUCAUAAAAUUUAUGAUUUGAAUUUCUUUUUUGACUUAUAAAAAGAAAAAGUGAAUAUAGAAUAAUUAUUGAAUAUCUAUUAAUUGAUUUAUUUUUGGUAAUUCAAAUAAUAAUAAACACUAAAAGCAAAUGCAGAAUAAUUCUACAGAUAGGAUGCAAAUUUAUACAAAAACAUAUUCUAAAAAAUCAAUUAUUUUGAAAAUUAAUAAUUAAACCCAGAACAAUUAGAAUAAUAUAUUAAAAGUGACAUAUAUCCAAGAUGUUUAAAUAUUUCUUUAGAAGAAUUUAAUAUUUCUUUGACUCUUUUAGAUAAAGAAAAAUAGCAAGAAUUAGUUAAGAAAUGGAUUAAAGAAGUAAAGGAUUCUUAGAAUUUUAAAGAAUUAAUACCUUUUUUUUUUAAUAUUAUAAAAAGGGGAGAAUCAUCAAAAAUAUUUUUGUAAAUUAUUAAUUAACAAAUAAAAUAAAAUAAAGAACUUUCAAUAAAAUAUGGAUAUUUCAAUCAAAAGUCAAUGUUUUAAAUAUUCUAUAAUAAUGCUAAUGAUGAAUUGAAAGUAAUGCUAUUAAAACUUAUGAGUAAAUAAUAUCCAAUUCCAUUAUUAUAUAGAACUCCUUAUAAUGCUGAAACUGGCGAAUUAGAGAAAUUAACAUUUAAUAUCAAUACUUUUUAUGUUUUCUAAGAAAACUUUCCAAUUAUAAAUCUAAGUUUAGAUGAAAAAUAAAAAAGAAUUGGAAAAACAGAAUUAAUCAAUAAAAUUUUUUAUUAAUAAGACAAAUUUGAAAUAUCAGACAGCAAUUAAUUAAAUAAUUAAACAAUUGAUAUUAUGUAUGACUUUGAAUUUAGUGGGUCAAGAAAUCUGUCAGUAGCCGACGCUCAUAAUUUUAUACCUUUUGAUAUUUUAGAUGAUAUUUUACCAAUGUUUAAAUUGUGGAUUAUUUAAUUGGAUACUGAAAAAGAAAUUGAAACUUCGAUAUAAAAAUUAUAAAAAUUAAAAUCAUUUUUAAUUUAAGAAAAAAUGGUUUGUUUUUUAAUUAGAAAUUCAUCAUCUUAAGACUUGGAUGAAAAUUAGAAGGAAUUAUUAUAUUCCUUAAAUAUCAAAUAUAAAUAAAUUAUUGAUUUAUCAGACAAAGAUUUAAAUAAAUAAAUGAAAGACGAUGAAAUUGAAUAAGUAUCUAAAUUUUUGUAUGAUAUAAUAAAUCAAAAUAGAAAAGUAUAUACUGUAAAUUAAGAGCAAUAUUUUAAUCUUAUUUGUUAAAUGAAAUGUCAAAAUUUGGAAUAAACUAAGGAAAUGAAACUAGCAUAAUAAUUAUUUUAAGACAUUGAAAAAGAAUUAGAUAUUUAAAUGAAGCAUGAAUAAGGCUUCUACAAUUAGAAUGCAUUUCCAUUAAGAAGUAUUGAUUGGUAAAUAAAAUAAGAAAAAGAUUUUUAUAUUAGAAUUUAAUAGAGUAAAGAUGACCCGGAAAUACAUGAAAAGUUGCACCAAAUUAAUUAAAAAAUAAAAAAUCUGCAAGCUUAAAUAAAAUCAUAAUAACCAACUAAAAUAAUCUCAAAAUUUUGUAGAUUAUUAUAAACAUCAAACUAUUAUAUAUUAUAUCUUCAUUUUGUGGAUAAAAUUAGAAAAUUUAAUGAAAAAAACACAUAUGAAUUGUAGGAUUAAAAUUAAAAACUAAAUGAAGAAAUCUAGAAAUUAAAAAAAGAAAGAGAAGCACUUAAACCUAAAGAAAAAGAUAAAGAAAUUACAGUGGAAUAAAUGUAAUUAAGGGAUCAAAAAUAAAAAUUAAUUGAUGAAAAAAUUCUUGAUUUGAAAUAAAAUUCAGAAAUAAUAUCAAAAAGAAAUAUUGGAAUUGAAUUAUUUUGGAGAGAAAUCAUAUCAUAAAGAGAAUAAUGUAAUGAUUCAUAAAUUAAUAUUGAUCCUGCAAAAAUAGUAAAAGAAAUGAUUUCUAAAGGAGAACCAUAUGAAUUUUUGGACGGAGACCAAUUAAGAAUAGACUAAUCGUUUUUAAUAAAGCUUAUUUCUAAUUUUAAAGAUUAAGGAUAGGAAAGGAUUUUAGUAUUAAGUGUAUUAGGACCAUAAAGUUCUGGUAAAUCAACAAUAUUAAAUAAAAUAUUUGGAUGCCAUUUUUGGACAAGUGUUGGAAGAUGUACAAAAGGAAUCUAUUUAUAAUUAUUAAAAAUACAUAAUAAAGCAUUUUUUAAUAAUUUAUUUGAUUACAUUAUUAUUUUAGAUACUGAAGGUCUUUAAAGUCCAAAUUAAGAUGAUUAAGAAUUUGAUAAAAAAAUAGCUCUAUUUGUAUUAUCUAUUAGUGAUAUUAUACUCGUCAAUGUUAAAGGUGAUAUUACAAAAGAGUUCAAAUCAUUAGUUGAAAUGUGUAUAUUUACUUUAGGAUAAAUGAAAAGUUUUACAAGUUCAAAAUAAAUUACUUGGUGUUUUAAUUAAAAUAAUGAUGUCAAUAAUUAUGCACCAUUUUUAGCAUAAUUACAAUCUAUUGCAACAAGUUUAAGUACAGAAUUCAGUAAUCAAAAAGAGGAAGAUGAGGUUAUAGAUUAUACUGAAAUUCUUGGAAUUACUUAAGCAAAUAUCAAAAUUUUAGGAUUUGCAUCUACAGAAAAAUUAUGGAGAAAAAAUGAAAGCGACGGAAUUUAUGCAGAUUGGCGCCAGUUAAUUAUAAAUGGAACAUUUUCUGAAGAAGCAUAUGAAUAUGGUAUUAGAGUAAUUCAAGCAUAUGUUGAUAAAUUUGGAAGUGAAACAGAUUAAUAAGGAAAAAAAUAGAUGGAGAAUUUAAAAUAUUUUAUAGAGAAGAUUCAAACAACUUGGAGGAGUAUAGAAAGCCUACCUGAUUUACUUGAAUUUUCUGAAUUAAUAUAACAUUAAUAAAAUCAAUUUAUGAGGUAAUAAUUUAAUGAAAUCAUGAAUAAUUAAGUGUUUCCUAAAUAAAAUGAUUUCAUCUAAAAUAUUCAAGAGAGUAUUUAAUAAAAUAAUUUAAAAUUAUCUCUUGAAGCAUUGACUGAAAUAGAGAAAUAACAAAUCAAUAAUAUGAAAGGGCAAUUCGAUUAAAUCAGGAAAGAAUUCAUUGAAAAAUUAACAACCAUCAAAAAUGAAAAAAAAAUUUCUAAAAAAGUCUUUACGAAAUAUGUGAAUAUGGUUAAAGAUAGAAUAAAUAGUGAAAUAUCAGCAUUUAAUUUAGCAAUAUAUUCUGAAAUUAAAACUUAAGAAACAAAUUUAUAAAAGAAGAAGGGAUUUAUUUAAAUUGAUUUAUUUAUCUAAGGGUUACUAAAAAAGGAGGAAGAAUUACAAGAAUAUAAAAAAGAUGAAAAUAAGAUUAAAAUGAAAUUUAAUGAAAUUUGGGGAUAAAUCACAAAUCAACAUACUUAAUAAUAAGAAGAUAUGUUUAAAGAGUUUUGCGAUAAGUUACUUUAAGUUAUUUAAUAAGAGUUUUCAAAGUAUAUAUUGAAAACAAAUAAUGAACCUUUUUAUAAAUAAGAGUAUCAUUAAAAGCUAAUUAAAAAAGCCCCAGAAAAAGGUGACUUUUUAACUUCACUCAAAAUAUUUAGUCCAGAAUUACAAACUUAACAAUUUAUGGUUGUCGAAAAAUCGAAUAAAAAUUACUAAUAUUAUGAAAAUUUUUGUUAAAGUAUCACUAAAAGGUUUUAAAAAAUUUCGGAUAAUUAUAUUUUAAAAAUAUCUAAAUUUUACUCUUACAAAAUUGAACAAAAAUGGAUAUCAAAGAAUGCUUGUGAUGAAUAUAUUCGAACUGAUUUGAGUUCUGAUAUUCAAAAUUAUUUUAAAGAGAAAUAGAAAUAUGAUAUUUAUGCAGUUCGAGACUUUUUGUUUUAAUUUACUAUUUUUGGUUAUGAAAUUGAUGAGAACUAAUCUGAUGAAGUUUUUAGUUAUUUGCGUUCAUUUUGGAAUAUAAAGUAAAAUCUACCAUAAUUACUUAUUUCAUGCUUUAAACCUAAUUAAAGAAAAUAUUACAAUGACGAAUAGUAUUAGCUGUCGAUUGCUUUUAUAAUAAAAUAUUGUAAAUGUUUUGUGAAAAUUUUAUAAAAAAAAGAAUAAAUAAUUUCAUUAUAAGAAAAUUUAGAGAAUCUAAUUAAACCCUUUAAUUAAGGUGAGAAUUUUCUUGUAGUGAUGUAACAAACAAUAGUUGUUGAUGGAAAUGUUCAAUCUUCAAAUCUUGACCUUUUGAAAUUAUCAUAUGACAGUACAAUUACAUCAAAAAGUAAUACAUAAAUAUCAAAUCAUAAUAAUAUAGGUAAUUUAGACUAAUAAAAAGAGAUUAGUUAUCAUAGAUAAAAUUUUACUCUAGAGAUUUUUAAUUUUAUCUAGAAUCAAAAGGAAAACUAUCAUCAAUAUAAUUAGUUUAAGAAUUAUGUUGUAAAAGUUGUUUAAUAACUUAUGAAUGAUAAUCAUAAUGAUGGCUGGAAUAAAAUGUAUGGAGAGAUUCAUUAAAUGAUACUAGAUGAAAUUAUUGAUAUAAAUAAAAAUGCUAUCGUUCAAGAAAACGAGAAUAUCAAAGUUAAUUAAUAUAGUUUUAGUUUAAUAAAAAGAAUCAUGUAAAAAAUUGAAGUGAAAAUAAAGGAAUUUAAUAUGCAAUUUUCUGAUUUUGGUGUUAUUUUAACUGAUUUAGGUGAGAGAUGCUUAUUUUAUUAUGCCAUUUUUACUAUUUGGAGAAUAUUAUGUUUUGGAUAAUAUCAAUCAACAGAAAGCAAUAAGAAAGAGUUGAAAGAUUAAACUGACGAAUAAUAUAUUAAAUUUAAGGCUGAUAUUUAAUAAAAUAAGAAAGAAUAAAGUAAAAUUAGAGGGUAAACUUAAGCAUAAGAUAUCAUCAAUUAAGCAACGUAAAGAUUUUAUAAGAAAUAUUGUGAAGAAGCCACUUAAAUGAUAAUGAAUUAUAGUAAAGUAUCAAGCUUUGAUUUAAUGAAAAAACUUGACAAAGAAAUUCUAGAAAGAUCAAAUAAUACUGUUACAGAUGAUUAAAUUAUUUCAUAUAUAAGAAAUCAAUGUGCUUAUAUAGAAAAAUAUGUUAAAGACAAAAUAACUAAUAUUAAAUCAGAAAUUUAAAUUAAAUUAACUAAUAAAUUAAGGUAAGAUUUGAAAUCUCAUCUUCAAAAGGUGGAUGCCAACACUAAAAAUUUACAUGAUUUUGUUACCUAUGCUCUAAAAGCAUAAGAAUAUUUUGUUUAGCUGAAAAACCCAGAUGAAGCUCCAGAGUUAUUAUAUAAAAUAGUCUUAAGUUGUCUUUAAGGAUAAGUUUAAUAAAAUUUACUAGAUUAAAUAAAAGAUGAUAAAAGAGAUGCAUUCUAAACUCAAGAUUUUCAUAUUUUUGAUUUGCCAUUAUGUGUACCAAUAUAAAAAUCAGAUGCAGAAAUAUAAAUAUUGUUAGAUUUUGUUAAGGCUUUUGAAAAGAAAAUAAAAGAUUCAAUUUCAAGUUUAGACACUAUGCAGAUUGAAUUCGAAAAACUUAACGUUUAAGCUGAUUUAGAUGCAUUACAACUAAAAUAAAUUGGAUGUUUAGAAUUCUGUCCUAUUUGUAAAAGAAAAUGUGAUUAAGAAAUUGAUGAUAAUAAUCAUAAGCAUCAAUGUAAAAAUGGGCAUUAAUUAAGAGGUAUUUAUGAUAUUAUAAAUUAGGCAUGAGUGGAGUCUUAAUUGGUUGUCAUCCUUCUUUAUAUACUUGUGAAGAAAUACAAGAUGAUUUUUAAAUUAAAGAAUUAGAAACAUAAAAUAUAAAGAAAUGGAAAGAAAUCAAAUAAAUAUAUAAUACAUGGUUAUUUUCUUGUCUUACGAAAGAUGAGUUAAAGUAAUUGAAAGAGAAAUUUAUGAAGAUUUGGAAUAAUAAUAUUGGAUAAAUGAUUUGCAAAAAAUUAUCAGAAGAAUUUGGAAAAGAUAUAUUUUAUGUCCCAAAGUAAGAAGUUGAGUUAGGAGCAAAUUCAGGAAAUUAAAAGACAGCUCAUUAUAUAUUAAUUAUAGAUGAUUCUGGAUCUAUGGGAGGAAGACCUUUUGAAUCUGCUAAAUAAGGUUUGGUGGCUUUUCUUUUUGAGAUUCAAAAAAAUCCUAGUUCAAGGGUUACUAUUAUUAUUUUCAAUAGCUCAGCUAGAUGUGUUGUUGAUUAUCAAAUUCCUAAUGCUUAGGCUUAAUAAUCUUCGAUAAUAUAUUAAGGUGGUGGAACUAAUUUUGAUGCAGCCUUUUUGCUCGCUAAUGAUAAAAUAUCUUCGAAUCCAGAUUUUAAUAAAUUUGCUUCGUAAAUUUAUAAUCCUAUAAUUAGCCAUUCUAUAUUUUUUUACACAGAUGGAGGUGCUUCUUAUCCCACACAAGCUUUGGAGAAAUUUAAACAACUUCCACCAGAAAAAAGAUAAAAAAUUGAAUUAGUUGCCUGCUCUGAGGAAUCAUCUCCUAGUACAUUAAUAAAGGUUGUUGAUUUUUUUAAAUCAAACUGUGGUUUUGCAAAAUUAUAACCAUCAAUGUAACCUUAAUAGAUUGCUUAAGUUUGGAUUGAAGAAGUAAAUAAAUUAGUCAAAUAAGUGAAAAAUUGCUGA